AAAAAAAAAACUGGUGGCUACGACGCAAGAAGUAUCUUCUUCAACUGUCACCAACAACAUCGCUUAGCUUCCAUUUCCAUGUAUACUCAAACCACCCAAUGGAACAUUCAUUUGGUUAGUCCCACCAGUCAUGAUCGCUUCCACCUCCGCCAUUGCAACUCACCCUUCGUGCUUUCUCUCAAAACCAGCCGCACACACCACAAUAGGGUUUCUGUCUCUCACACUAAACUCUCGAGGUAUUUCUGUUGCACUUUCCUCGUCGUCAACUAGGACCACCCAGAAGCUCACGUGCCACUUCAACGCCAAAGAUGGAAGCUUUCAGCAGCAAGAGGAAGAGGGUGACCGUGAAGUGCUUUGUGAGGUCCAAGUAGUAUCGUGGAGGGAACGCAGAGUCAAUGCCCAAAUCACAGUCGAUGCUGACACUGAAUCCGUUUGGGAUGCUCUCACUGAUUACGAGCGUCUCGCUGAUUUCAUCCCAAAUCUUGUAUGGAGUGGGAAAAUUCCUUGUCCAUACCCAGGAAGGAUAUGGUUAGAGCAAAGGGGACUACAAAGGGCUAUGUAUUGGCAUAUAGAAGCUCGUGUUGUCUUGGAUCUUCGAGAAGUCAUCAAUUCAGAAUGGGAUCGAGAACUGCACUUUUCCAUGGUUGAUGGAGACUUUAAGAAGUUUGACGGUAAAUGGUCCGUAAAAUCUGGAACAAGGUCAUCAACUGCUAUUUUAUCGUAUGAAGUCAAUGUAAUACCAAGAUUUAAUUUUCCAGCUAUUUUUUUGGAAAGGAUUAUCAGAUCUGAUCUUCCUGUGAACCUUCGAGCUUUGGCAUUCAGAGCUGAAAAGAAUUUUAUGGGAUAUCAGAAACUUCCGGUGUCAGAAAAUCAGUUGCAUAAAACUUAUAUGGCCAUUAACGGGUCAUCUGUUAAAAAGAUAAAUGGUACUUUGUGUGAAAGUGUUGAAAAGAUAAAUGGCUCUUUGUGUCAAAGUGAUAAGUUGCCUCCUGCAGAGAACAAAAAAGAAAUUGCCACCUCUGUUUCCAGUUCGAUACUCACAUCUUCCAGUGAGAUGAGAAGCAACUGGGGUGUAUUUGGAAAGUUUUGCAGGCUUGACAGGCCUCGGAUGGUGGAUGAAGUUCAUCUCCGCAGAUUUGAUGGCCUUCUGGAAAAUGGAGGUGUUCAUCGUUGUGUUGUUGCAAGCAUAACAGUUAAAGCUCCUGUUCGGGAAGUAUGGAAUAUUCUAACUGCCUAUGAGACUCUUCCUGAGAUAGUUCCAAAUCUAGCAAUCAGUAAGGUUGUAUCACGAGAUAACAAUAAAGUCCGUGUUCUUCAGGAAGGGUGUAAGGGCCUACUUUAUAUGGUGCUUCAUGCUCGUGUCGUGCUGGAGUUGUGUGAAUAUUUAGAACAGGAAAUCAGUUUUGAACAAGUUGAAGGGGACUUUGAUUCUUUCCGGGGAAAAUGGAUUUUUGAGCAACUAGGAAAUCAUCACACCUUGCUGAAGUACUCUGUGGAGUCAAAAAUGCGCAAGGAUACUUUCCUUUCAGAAGCCAUCAUGGAGGAGGUCAUUUAUGAAGAUCUCCCAUCAAACUUGUCUGCAAUAAGAGACUACAUUGAGAACAGGAAUGCAUUAAAAUCUUCAGAAUUUUGUGAGCAGAAUACAAAUUCAGGGCAGCAAAUUAUUUCAUCAAGCUUUGAAAAUGAUGACAACCCUGGUUCAGCCGAGGAAGUUCCUAAUUGCGACGAUCGAUGUUCAUCUCAGCAAAGACCUAAAGUGCCAGGUUUACAGAGGAAUAUUGAAGUGCUAAAAUCUGAACUCCUGCAAUUCAUCGCAGAACAUGGACAGGAAGGAUUCAUGCCAAUGAGGAAGCAACUUCGUUUGCAUGGUAGAGUGGAUAUUGAGAAGGCUAUAACUCGCAUGGGUGGAUUCAGAAAGGUUGCAACCGUAUUGAACCUUUCUUUGGCUUACAAACACCGGAAGCCAAAGGGUUACUGGGACAAUCUUGAAAAUUUACAGGAAGAGAUAAGUAGGUUUCAGAGGACCUGGGGAAUAGACCCUUCAUUUAUGCCGAGUAGAAAGUCAUUUGAACGUGCAGGGAGGUAUGAUAUUGCGCGUGCAUUGGAAAAGUGGGGUGGACUACACGAGGUUUCUCGGCUUCUGUCGCUGAAGGUAAGACAAAGGAACAGACAUGAGAAGCUUGGUAAGGAUACGAAGAGUGAUGAUGCAGAUGGUGAGAUGAAGACACCAUGUAUUUCUCAAGACACACAAAAGUGGCUUACAAAACUAAAACAGUGGGACAUAAAUUGGUUUGAGUAAAAGAGGAAACUAUAGCUUUAUCUGUCUA